AUGACCGAAUUACAGGCUACUUCUGGGUCCAAACCGGGUCCUGCAUUACUGGCCUGUCUUCAGUGCCGUCACAAACACCUCAAAUGCGAUAGCAGGACUCCCGUCUGCAGCCGCUGUGAACAGGCUGGAUCCGCUUGCGAAUAUACGAAGUCUCGGAGAGGUUACAAGGGCCCCUCGAAAAAGCGCCGCGCUAACUCGCCGGAUUACUUGCCCAUGGAUCCCAACCCGGUAGGCAUGCUCGAUAUCCCCGUGGAUUGGACCUUGCAGGCUGGCUUCACUUAUGCGCCAACGAUACCGUUACCCUCCUCUGCAUCGACUAGUCCUGGCCUGCAUGGCCUUUCGACGCCAAUUGUUCAGAACACUCGCCCAAUCAGCGGACCAUUGACUCCGGAUUCUUCCUCUGCUGCCGGCGGGGAUGGCUACCUUCUCGAUAUCUACUAUAACUAUUUCCACGCCGCCCAUCCAAUCCUGCCACCCCACCAGCUCCUAUAUCGCAGCGCUUUUCCCGCGUACCUGGAACAGGUGAUGAAGUUCAUCGGUGCCCACUUCACCCCGGCCGCCUCGAGUGCCACCUACCGGCCCACGGUUGUCGCAGUGGUGCAAGAACAAAAUUUGUCAGUGGAAAAGGUGCAGGCCCUGCUUCUGCUGGCGAUUGUACUUCACUCAGACAAUGAGCGCGGCGAGGCCGGCGUUUGUCUAGCCGCUGCAGUAGAUUCAGCCUUCGAGCUUGGUAUGCAUCAAGGGACGUUCGCGAUCCUUGUAGGCAAUGGGGAUCCAAUCCGCGAAGAGUCUCUGCGCCGCACCUGGUGGGAGCUCUUCAUAAUCGAGGGUCUCAUGACUGCCCUCGGUGUGCAGCGCGAGUACCGAACCAACCAAGUACCGCUCGACGUCCCACUUCCAUGCGAGGAGCGGAUUUAUUAUGACGCCCUACCACCGCCACCAUCCCCGACCAUUGCGCAAUUUGACGAGCGCGUGUUCGCGGACGAAGAGCGUGACUUCUCCUCAUACUGUUAUCGUAUUGAAUCCGUACGGAUUCUUGGUCGUGUGGUGGCGAUGCAGGAUAUGACCGAAGGCCAGCAGGACCAUGUGGAAGCUCUUGAUGCGCGCAUUGGUAGUUGGGGCCAUCACUUGCCAGAGUCCAAGGAAGAGCUCUUGCGACCCGACGGGAGCGUGGAUGAAAUUAUGUUCCAAGCGACCAUGAUCUUAAACGGCGCGGCCAUCUAUCUCAACUUCCCGCGGUCUGAUCUUCUCUCAUCCCCCGCCGUUGCCGCGGAAGUCAUCUGUGGCCACCAUGGCCCCAUCAGUGUACCUGCAUUCUCCCACAACGAGCAUGCCAUGAAGGCCGCCAAGGCCGCCCGAGAGCUGUCCCGCCUCGCUGCCUUCCGUCUGCCCGUUAUCAAGCACACCCCAUUUUUCAUCUGUGCGCUCACUCUGAGCUCCAUUGUCCAACUGGCCACCUGCUCUGUCAAAGCCGGUCAAAUGCCAGACCCCAGCCGCGAUCGUCUGGCGUUGACGAUUGGUGUCUUCAAGUCAUUGGCUCGCACCUGGGCCAUUUCCCAGUCAAUAAUGCGGCAGAUCAAAGCCGUUGCACGGGAUGUGAUGGAUCUGGGACUGCGUCCGACGAUGGACUCGCUGGAUCUGACCACUGUGUUGGAUAACAGUCAGUUCUGGGUGGAUCAGGGCCCGAGCUGA